AUGCAUCUUGAAUCUGGUCUCCAUGGUCAGCCGACAAGGGAACAUCCGAGCCGUUCCAGUAACAAACGCAAACAUUCGUCCCUGGACUGUCCGAGCCAUACACGCGAUGGAAGCGAACAUCUUGAAACCCCCUCUACCUCUAACGAUGAUGAAACUGAGACCAAAGGAGGUGGCAAGUCUAAAGCAUGCGCAAAGAAACAACCCACUCGACUGGCAGGUUGCGUCGUAGAAUGGCCAGAGAAGUUCAAGUCGCUGGACAGGACUCAUAAAGCUUUGAACCUGGUCUUCACAUUUUGUUGCACUCGGAAGCAUCUUGCAACAACGUUUGAAACCAUAAAGCCAACGGUGGAAACUCAUAUCGGACGACCGCUAAGCGAGGAAGAGGUGGCUUCAAUUGUCGCAUUGCGGCCCGAAGGCAUUAAUUUCGCGUACGUGGAUGAGCUCAUGUUGCAACUCGAUGUCAAGGGGUCAGAAAGAGAUAACACUUUCAAAACGUCAAAAUCCUCCCGCUCUCAAGGGCCAGCACAUGAUGCUUCAGUAGGUGGAUGGACCGGAUACGAGAGCCUAGACGACUAUCGUGAGAAUCAGACAAGCGUCAGAGGCAGGGAGGUCUUAUUCUUCGAGUUUAUCGACGGAGAUUUGAAACGUCAAAUUCAAGACAAGAAAACAGGCGAGCCUAUAAGGCCCAACCGCAAACUCCGCGAUGAGCAGCUUAAGAUGCCCAUUUACGGGCAAAAACAGAUGACACAGCUAAUCGAGAGAAGGAACCGAAAGUUCGCAAAUGCCAUAAACGCCUUUCUGAACAAAUGCGUGGAGGAUAAGCAGGAUCCAGGCACAACACUUUCGCAUCUGGCGCGGGCAUUUAUCCCCAAACCAUCCCCAGUUGAAGCGGUCAAUGCAGAGAUAUCAGCAACCACAAUCCCAGAAGAUAUUCCGGAAGACCGUAAAUCGAUACCGGAAAUUGUCCAGGAAUUGAAAGAUAGCCCCUGGUACACAGGACAAAUCGUGCCGGAUGGCCAUAGGGUCUUCGAGUCUCAACAAGCUAUUUAUGGCGAUCUGGAAUUUCUGUUGACACAAAACCUAGUAAACGCGCUCUAUAAUGCCAAAGAUAUCACAAAGUUCUAUGCUCACCAAGCGGAGGCCUUAAACAAGCUAAAUGAAGGGCAGAAUAUCGUCGUGGCGACAUCGACAAGCUCGGGGAAAUCAUUGAUUUACCAGCUCCCUAUCCUACAUGCCCUGGAAAAAGAUCGCAACUCUAGAGCUAUGUAUAUCUUCCCAACCAAGGCGCUGGCUCAAGACCAGAAGCGAAGCUUGAGAGAUAUGCUGGCCUACAUGCCCGGCAUGGAAGACAUUGUCGUGCAAACGUUUGACGGUGAUACGCCAAUGAAUGAGCGUGCUUCAAUUCGUGAAGAAGCUAGGAUAAUAUUCACGAAUCCUGAUAUGCUUCAUGUUACGAUUUUGCCGCAGGAGGAGCGCUGGAGAUCAUUUCUGAAGAACUUGAAAUAUGUCGUAGUUGACGAACUCCACUAUUACAAUGGGCAACUAGGCUCGCAUGUUGCCUUCAUCAUGAGAAGACUAAGGCGCGUGUGCGCUGCCGUGGGGAAUCGGCGAAUCCGCUUCAUUUCUUGUUCUGCUACGGUUGCCAACCCGAAAGAACACUUCCAAACAAUAUUCGGGGUGGAAAAUGUGUCACUGAUUGACUACGAUGGGUCGCCGUCGGGGCGUAAGGAAUUUUUGUGCUGGAACACGCCGUACAAGGACCCUGGUGAUCCUGCAAGCGGCCGUGGAAACGCGAAGUUUGAAUGCGCGAGACUCUUCUGCGCGCUUUUGUUGAGAGGCGUUCGAAUCAUAGCUUUUUGCCGGGUUCGAGCACAGUGUGAAGUUUUGGUCAACGCCAUUAAGCAAGAACUCGAGUCCAUUGGCCGACCAGAAUGCAUAAAUCUAGUCAUGGGAUAUCGAGGCGGCUACACUGCCCCAGACCGCCGCCGUAUUGAAUCUGAAAUGUUUGAAGGCAAGCUACUAGGGAUUGUUGCCACUACAGCGUUGGAGUUAGGCAUCGACAUCGUCGGCGACGGUUUCGCAACGGAUCAGCACUACAUGCAAAAUCCCGACGAGCUGUUUACCAAACCGAAUUGUGAGCUCCAAGUAGAUCUCAGAAAUAUGCUGGUUCGAGAGGGACAUAUACAAUGUGCGGCCUACGAGAUGCCCAUUAGACCGGGGCAAGAUUGUCAGUAUUUUGGCUUUGACCUGCCUGAAAUAUGCAAGGAUCGUUUAGUAAAGGACGAGAUGGGGUAUUUUCAUUGCCAUGAUCGAUUUCGGCCACAACCCUCUCGCUACGUCGCGAUCAGGGACACUGAAGAUGAGCAUUUUGCUGUUAUUGAUAUCACAAACGGUCGAAAUAUCGUCUUAGAAGAACUAGAAGCUUCUAGGGCUACAUUUACUAUCUACGAUGGCGCCAUAUUUCUUCACCAAGGUACUACGUACCUGGUGCGAGACUUCAUCCCUGAUAAACACAUGGCGAAGGUAGAAAAAGUAAAGGUGGAUUGGACAACUACGCAGCGCGACUUCACAGAUAUCGAUCCAACCGAGACCGAGGCGAUUCGGAAGAUCGCGUCAUCAUUGUCGCAAGCUUACUAUGGAACAAUUAAAAUUCAACAGAAUGUGUUUGGAUACUUCAAAGUGGACAAAAAGGGGCGGGUUCUCGAUGCAGUUCAGGUUGACAAUCCGCCGGUUAUUCGGUAUAGUAAGGGAAUGUGGUUGGAUGUUCCAAAAGCUGCACUUAACAUUCUUGAGGACCGACGUCUGAAUUCGGCGGCUGCUAUUCAUGCUGCAGAGCAUGCCGUUAUGAGUCUACUUCCUACAUUUGUCAUAAGUAUGCCGGAAGACGUUAGGACUGAAUGUAAAGUUGCCCUGAAGGAGUUUUCUAAGAAAGAAACCCAAAGGAAGCGGCCAGCAAGACUCACAUUUUACGAUGCCAAAGGUGGAGCGAGUGGUUCUGGUAUCAGCACGAAGGCGUUUGAUCAUAUAGAUCAUUUGCUUAAUAUGGCGUUGCAGAGGGUAGAAGCCUGCCAGUGUGAGCGUGGCUGUGUUGAAUGUGUUGCGUCAACCCUGUGCAGAGAGUCCAACGAAGUCAUGAGCAAGGCUGGCUGUCGUGUUGUGCUGAGAAGUUUGUUGAACGUGGAAGUCGAUGUGGACGACCUUCCAAUGGGACCUGAAGAGUUCAGCCCCGUGGGUAUCGAGACGAUUGUACCGGCCCAACCAAUACCAGCUCGAGGUCAAGCAAGAGUGAUUGUUUCGAGCAUGCGAACAUCGGGACAAGGGAGACAAUCAGAGAACGUCGACUCAUCCGCUGGUGGAUUCGAGCGAUGGGUCGACAUGGGACGCUGA